UUUAAAUUUAACAGAAUUCUAUUAAAAUGAACAAAAAUGUACAUAUAAUACGCCCGAAAAAUAUUUUUAUCAUAUUAUUUACUUCGUACAUAACUAUGAAUACAAUAUGAAAAUAUGAAUCAAGUACAUGCAUAAAAAUCAAUGAAUUUAAUGUAACAAAGUAUUUUAAAAGUUUUAAAAAUGGAUGAUAUAUUUGGAGAGACAAUAGAAAAAUGGAAUGCUAAAUACUUUUGAGGAAUUAAAAUAAAAUUUUGUUUCUCUAAUCCGCAAUUGGGCACAAGGCCGAAGAUAGUUGAGCGCAGCUGAUCCCAUCGUCUUCUUCUUCUUCUUCUUCUUCUUCUUCUUCUUCUCUCGAUUGAGGUAAUGAUUUCCUUCAAAUCGAUCUCCAAAAGUCAACUGUCCGCUUUCAUUUGGAAUGGAUCUCCUCAAUUGAGGGCAUAUCCUAGAUCUUCGCUCCCUGUUUUGAAGUUGUACGGAACAAAACCCGGAGAUGAAUCCCUAGGCCCAGCGAAGAACACAGAUUCGUUCGUAGUCUCAUAUCUCGUAGACAGAUUUGGGGUUACCCCCGAAAAGGCAAUCACAGUUUCCAAUUACGUGAAGUUUGAAACUGCAGAUAUACCGGACUCUGUGCUCUCGUUCUUGAAAAUCCAUGGGUUCACAGAAACCCAGGUCUCAAGGGUUGUUCAGAAGACGCCUAGGAUCCUUUCGUCCAGGCCGCAGAAGACCCUUUUGCCCAAGAUUGAAUUUUUCAAGUCUCUAGGGUUCACAGUGGAGGAGUACACUGCUGUGCUGUGUAGGGACCCUACUAUUUUCAUGAGAAGCUUGGAGAAACAGCUCUUGCCAACAAUGGAUUUCUUCAAACAGUUCCUUUCUUCUCCAGAUUACCUUAAAGGCCUCUUGAAGCGCGGCGCCUGGAUUUUUUCGGCGCCCACGAAGGCUAGAAUGGAAUGUAACAUUCAACUCCUGAGGGAAAUGGAAGUUCACGAAUCAGUGAUUCUGCGCUACCUUCGUCGCCACCCCAGGCUGUUCACCAAAGAUAAGGAUGAUUUCAUACAGACAAUGGAGGAAAUCAAGGGGUGGGGGUUCGACCCGACCAGAAAAUCGUUUUUGGCUGCAGUUCAUGUGAUGUGUUCCAUGAGUAAAUCAACAUGGGAUAAGAAGAUAAAAGUCUACAAGAAGUGGGGGUUUUCAGAGGACCAGGUUCUUGAUGCCUUUGUGAGGAGCCCAUGGGUUAUGGCGUGCUCUGAAGAAAAGAUUCUAAAGGGGAUGGAUUUUUGCGUGAACAAAAUGGGUUUGAAAUCUUCUGAUGUGCUGAGAAACCCGGUGGUUUUAUUACUUAGUUUGGAGAAGAGGAUCAUUCCUAGACAUCUUGUUUAUCAAACGUUGGUUGCCGAGGGUUUGUUAAAGAAGGACUCAAAGCUUCUCAUUAGGAUGCUGCUCCCACCUGAAGAAAGGUUUCUGGUAAAGUUUGUAAAAAGCUAUGAAGACAAAGUUCCCAACCUACAGAAGCAAUAUAAGGCAGCACAAGCAAUGCACUGAUUGAUCUUCAGGUUUGCUCUAAUUUGCUUAAUCACUGAAGAUGGAAAUCAUGCAAUUUUCAAGUCUUAUUCUGAAGUCGUAAUGCCAUUAAGCUGCAAAACUUUUACGAAAUAGGCGUAAUAGGCACCCAAGAGAUCAUCUACUUGUAAAGCCCACAAAGGAGCUCAACUCAGCUGAUCAAACCGACACCCAUAGAACAUUCGUCAUUGCGAUGGACAUAAGUCACAUAACAAUUGUUGUUACGUAAUUGAAUGGCACUUUGAUACCUUUGACAUUUCGAUAUGUUGAAAGCCAAUUUAAAUAUGCACUCGUAUUAUAAAAUGUCUUGAAUUUA